AUGCAAGCAUCCAUCUUUGCAUCCAUCUGCAAUCUUCAGUUGUACCGUUUAUGGCUCAGACCGGUUUGACUUAAUUUUAAGGCUGAUCUUGAUCUAGUGUUCGCAGCUUGAAAUUUAGAGAAGGGUGCUGGCAAGCGAAUGCAGUGGGAUGGAACUUCGCAAGAUGCACCCUUUUCUUCACAACAAUCACUUCAAGAGAAAGCUAUGUUGAAUCUUUAGAUAGUUUUUUUUUUAUUUCCAUUUUAUCACAAUAAAAAACACCUUUGUGGUAUGGGCAAUAAAGUGGUCUUUUUCAACGAUAUUAUUGAAGAGUCAAAUGAAGUGUGUUAGAUCAUAAAUAGAUUCUUAACGACAUUGUAUCAAUUUAGAAUAAAAAAGCCAUUGAUAUUCACUAUAUAGUUUUAUUUAUUCUAAAAAAUCAUUUCAUCUCCCUUGGGAUUAAGAAUCAACGUGUGUGACAAAGUCAGGAAUAUAACUAGACUCUUUCAAUCAUAGCUUCUGCUUCUGGUCUAUUCUAAUGAAGUCUGGAAUGUCAAGCCAGUAUUCGCACGCAGUGGCACGUCACUGUGAACACACCCAGAAUAAAAUCCACACUGUGGCCGAGCUGCUUUUAUUGUCUGGACAGUUUCGACCAAUCAAAACAGAGAACAUCAGCUCUGUGGAGGUUUCCAUCGCUUCUGCAAGGGAGCAGAUAAAUUCCUCUUUGAACAUUAUAUUGGAAAUUGUGAAUGAUUUGACGAAAAUCAUGCAUGACAUAAAAACUCGAUGGAAAGUCAUAUGCGAUUACCUGUAUCGAAUGUCUGAUGCCGUAACCGUAUUGGUAGAGCUCAGCUACUUUGCAGUGUACCAAUAUCUCGGUCUGAACAAACCAGAAUCUCUGGAAGCACCUCUCAUAGACAAAUACGCGACUUCUUACGCAGGCCUGGAAAUAAAGCUCAGCUGCAUUCAGUUGAAGAGAGCGCGGAUGGAAGAACUGAGCUCUUCAUUCAUCAUGGAUAUUUGUUCCAAUAUCUCCAAGUACAUUUCAGUGCUGACUGACAACUGCAGGGGAGCCAGCGAGAAUGGGCCUGAUACUGCCACAAAGGACCAGUUCAAACUGGGCAUCAAGAGUGUCACUUGUGCAGCAGGAAGCCUUAUUGCCAGUAUAAAGUGCUACAAGUCAGAGCGGUCUCCUAGAUACCACACUAGAGUUGUGACAUUCUGUGAGCCUGUUCUAGCAGCCAGUAAUGCCCUGGUGAGCCUUGCAACUGAAGACGAGUUUAUAGAUCAUGGGAGGGAACUGUCACCGGAGGAGGUGGAAAUACAGAUGGCCAUCUUUGGUCCCUGUAUGAACAUUGUAUCUGGUUGUGUGCAGAUCUGCAAAUCUCUCCGUGACUACACUUAUGACCCAGGAAACUCCCACUAUGUUCACAAAACCCGCUCUUGCCAGUCUUGCAUAGUCAAAUCUACAAAACAUCUCAAACACGAGCUUCAAAAACACCUCCACAUGGAUUUCCAAAUGAGAGGCGUAAGUCCUUCAAAGGGGGACAACUAUUUUAGAGAUGUUGACUCAUCAGAUGAGAACCAGCAUGAUUUAUCUCCCUUGGGUGGAAGUUUACCACUGCAAUAUGCUGCGGAGAAUCAUGGGAUGGAAGGGAACUAUGGGAAGGAUCUUUCACCACGGUCAACUGUAACAGAUGUUUCUUUAGCUACUAGUAUCUCUAGAUAGAUUUUUUGUUUUGAUUAGGUUGACUUUUGUUUACCUGAGUAUGCUCUACUCAGAUAGUGAGCUAUUGGUGUACUAUAGGGUACUAGUCAUGCGUUGAUGUGGGUGCUCGAGUACUAACACAAGUCCUUUUUGCCAAAAUGUAUUUUCCAGACACAAACCUAUUAUUCAAGUAUUGGUCUUUGUAUUAUUAUUUGUAAAUACUUGUGAUGGACCAGUGCAAAAAAGUUAAUGCUACUGGUAUACAGCACAGACUUGGCAUACAUUUUUGAUCACCUCAGCACACAAUGUUAAUGGUGAGGUUUUGUGAUGGCGUGUUUGUUGUCUCUCCUUCAGUCUGUAGGUGCAUACAAUUCCACCUUAAUGGCAUGGGAGAUUUUCAACAAACGAAUAUCGCUUGAAUGAUUUGUGUCUGACAGACCUGCUCUCAAAGUUGAUCAAAUUGUUCCAGAUCCUGGUUUAAUGUUUGGUGUGUGAAAUCCUAUAGUCUUCACAUGGUUUACAUAGACUUAAAUAGUACAAUGCUACUCUGGUACUGCAGUGUUAGUUUGUAACAUCAUAAAGAGUUCCUUUACAAAGAUUGUUCACAUUACUAAAGGAAUGGUCUCCACUAAAUUUCAAUAAUUAUGCCCCCCUUCAAAGAAGAGGGGGUAUAUUGUUUUGCACAUGUCGGUCGGUCGGUCCGUCGGUCGAUCCAUCCACCAGAUGGUUUCCGGAUGAUAACUCAAGAACGCUUAGGCCUAGGAUCAUGAAACUUCAUAGGUACAUUGAUCAUGACUGGCAGAUGACUCCUAUUGAUUUUCAAGUCACUAGGUCAAAGGUCAAGGUCACAGUGACUCGAAAUAGUAAAAUGGUUUCCGGAUGAUAACUCAAGAAUGCUUACAUCUAGGAUCAUGAAACUUCAUUGGUACAUUGAUCAUGACCAGCAGAUGACCCCUAUUGAUUUUGAGGUCACAAGGUCAAAGGUCAAGGUCACAGUGACUCGAAAUAGUAAAAUGGUUUCCGGAUGAUAACUCAAGAAUUCUUAUGCCUAGGAUCAUGAAACUUCAUAGGUAUAUUGAUCAUGACUGGCAAAUGACCCCUAUUGAUUUUCAGGUCACUAGGUCAAAGGUCAAGGUCACAGUGACACGAAACAGUAAAAUGGUUUCUGGAUGAUAACUCAAGAAUGCUUACGCCUAGGAUCAUGAAACUUCAUAGGUACAUUGAUCAUGACUAGCAGAUGACCCCUAUUGAUUUUCAGGUCUCUAGGUCAAAGAUCAAGGUCACAUUGACUCGAAACAGUAAAAUGGUUUCCGGAUGAUAACUCAAGAAUGCUUACACCUAGGAUCAUGAAACUUCAUAGGAACAUUGAUCAUGGCUCGCAGAUGACCCCUAUUGAUUGUCAGGUCACUAGGUCAAAGGUCAAGGUCACAGUGACA